CCCUCCACGCAGCAGCAGGAAAGUGAAGCCCACCUUCUACUUCCUUUCACUCUGCGCGCGCUUCGACAACUAUUUCUGUCGCGUUUUCUGAAUGGCGCGCGAGCGAGUAUCAUCCGCGAGAUUCCUGCGGUGACAGCUGGACACGCGCCUUUCAAAGUCAGCAAAGUCGACCUGAAAGGUUUCUCUGCUAAAAACCAGUGUCUGCAGCCGUUGCUUGCUGAAGCAAUGUUUUCCAAGGCCACUGCCAGCGUUGUCCGUCAGGUUGACGAUGGAGGGAGCCUCAUACCUGUGUACCGACUGAACGACUCGGAGAAGCUGGAUCUCAUGGCUCUCGUAGUCAAACGCAAACACUGGUUCUGGCAAAAACCCAAGUACCAACCGACCGAUUUCACCCUCAGUGCCUUGCUGCUGGGUGAUGAGGUGCUCAAACCUGAAGUGACUGAGAAGUCCUUCGUGACCUUUAAGGGGACUAUUGGAAACCAGCUCUCUGGGAAGGUGGAAGCUGACGUUAGCUCUGCCAACUUAGCACUGGAGGGAAGCGGCACUUCCAAACAGCAUACCAACUUUGGCCAGUUGAAGAAGGAGGAACUGAGUGUAGAGAAGCUUUAUAAUGACUCCAAAGACAGGUUCGUGGACAUGCAGCACGGGCUGGUGCAGCAGAUCAAGAAAAAAGCCGAAGUGUUGGCGUUGGUGACGGCGAGGAUCCUCACCACCACCUCCUGUCCCAUCGAGCAGACCAAAAAGGAGCAGUGCAAAUUUAACUGGGGGCUGGGAUUUCUGGGAAGCCCUCUUGAAGGUUAUCUGAAGAACAACAACAUCGCUGAAGUGGACAGUGCUCUCUCCAUGGAGAUCCCGCCUGGCACAGUCAUUGCCUACAGCAUUUUGGAACUGGAGAUUAGAAAAGAUGGACGCUGCACCAUCUGCCUGCAGCCCAGCGUGAAAGGAGGUUUCGAGGCGGACUCGAUGUCGACCUCCGACCUCGACCUGAAUGACGUCGAUACCUGCGUCCAGAAACCUUUGAGUGCACAUCUGAACGGAGCUCAAGAGCUUGACCUCUGUCCUCUGGCAGAACUCCCAGAGUUGACUCGUUGUGCCUUUUUCGGGAUGCUACAGGAGGCUAUGACGGACCGGCCUGCUCUGACAUCUCUACAGUUUUUUCUGGAAGAGUUGUGUAACGGCGAAACACUCACAACUGAGAAUGGUGAGUGCUCAGAGGAUCAGGAGAUGUUAUUUGCAGCCAUCUUGGACCAAGCGGGCUCCGACAGGCACUCUGGAGACGGCAUCCCUGCUCCGCUGAGCGCAGCUCACCUGUUGGUCAGUGCAAUGGAAGCGCUUCCGGAUGAAACUCUGAACCUUCUGAGCAGGAGCAGCCAGGAAGACCUGAAGGCUUUUGACACGCUGAUGUGCAGGUUAAAGGAGAGCAGCAAGCCUGUGUCCGUGCACUCUCUCCCCGUCCUGUCGCAGGACAGCCAGCGCCUGCAGAUGGCCGAGCAGCUGUUCGGCUCGGCAAAAGUCACCCUGAGGAGAAACGCUGACUGCCUGUGGGCGGAGGCUGAGAGACGUGUUGGAGUGCUUCCCCUGUACCUCAGCAUACAUGGACUGGCUGUGCUGUGCAGCGGGCUGAAGUAGUCGCGGUGUGUUGCAUCUGCACCAUACUUCACUAAAGUGAUGGUAUUCUUGUUAUUCACUUGAUGUUUGUUGAGUAAGCUUACUACACAUUGUAGUGUCCCCCUACCAUUAUAUUAGGGGGGCGCCCCGCCCCCCCAACGGCAACCCCCGCCCCCCCGAGAAGGUCAAGUUAAAUUAAAAUAAUUGUUACUUUUUUACACGCAAACUUUAGUUUUCCUGCAUAAAGGCCGUUCCACAUGCUGUCCUUAUACGAGACGCGCCACUGCAAACUCGUGUUUGUGCCCCGAGUCGGAGAGCCUCACUGCGCUCCAGCUGAGCGUAAAAAAAAAACACAUGCGCUUUUAGAGGUGAAACACGGUCCAUUCCUCAUUAUUUGCCGUAUUGAAC